ACUGCGUCCAAGCCUCUCACCCGCCACCCAGGUGCCCCUGAACUGAGGAACGCAGGCGGUGGUCAUAGGGAGGGGAAGGGGAGCCCCAGGAGACGGCAGCAGCAUGGGCGGGCGACCCUCGAGCCCUCUGGACAAGCAGCAGCAGCAGCACCUAAGGGGUCAGGUGGACACCCUGAUGAGGAACUUCCUGCCCUGCUACCGCGGGCAGCUGGCAGCGUCUAUCCUGCGGCAGAUCUCCCGAGAGCUGGGCCCUCAGGAGCCGGCUGGAAGCCAGUUGCUACGCAGCAAAAAGCUGCCCCGAGUCCGUGAGCACCGAGGACCCCUGACCCAGCUUCGGGGCCACCCACCCCGGUGGCAGCCGAUCUUCUGUGUUCUGCGUGGGGACGGCCGCCUGGAGUGGUUCAGCCACAAGGAGGAAUAUGAAAACGGGGGUCACCCCCUUGGCUCCACAGCCCUGACGGGAUACACACUCCUGACUUCCCAGCGAGAAUAUCUCCGCCUUUUAGACGCUCUCUGCCCGGACUCCUUGGGAGACCAUACUCAGGAAGAGCCUGACUCCCUCUUGGAAGUGCCUGUGAGCUUCCCGCUGUUCCUGCAGCACCCCUUCCGCCAGCACCUCUGCUUCUCUGCAGCCACCAGGGAGGCACAGCAUGCCUGGAGGCUGGCCCUGCAGGGUGGCAUCCGGCUUCGGGGCACAGUCCUGCAGCGAAGCCAGGCCCCCGCUGCCCGGGCCUUCCUGGACGCCGUCCGACUCUACCGGCAGCACCAAGGCCACUUUGGCGACGACGACGUGACCCUAGGCUCAGACGCCGAGGUGCUGACCGCGGUGCUGAUGCGGGAGCAACUUCCCGCGCUGCGAGCCCAGACCCUUCCUGGCCUGCGGGGGUCAGGCCGCGCCCGUGCCUGGGCCUGGACCGAGGUUUGCCCUGCGUCCGGACCCGGGACAGGGGGCGGGAUCCGGGCGCUCGGGUUCCCCUCCCACGACUGUCGCCUAAACUCUCUUCUGGUCUCUUUGACCCCCAUCCCCGCCCCGUGUCUCGGCUCUGUCCUGCACUCCUGUCCUGCGUGGGGUCCUCUCGACUGGUCUGGGCAGCUUCUAGACGCCAUUCACGGAGCUGUCCUGGCCGGGGCCUCUGCCGGGCUCCGCGCCUUCCAGCCGGAAAAGGACGAGCUGCUUGCAUGCCUGGAGAAGACGAUCCGCCCGGACGUGGACCAGCUACUGAGGCAGCGGGCGCGUGUGGCUGGGCGACUGCGGACGGAUAUCAGGGGACCGCUCGAGUCGUGCCUGCGCCGAGAGGUGGACCCGCAGCUGCCCCGGGUCGUGCAGACCCUGCUGCGCACCGUGGAAGCCUCGCUCGAGGCGGUGCGGACCCUCCUGACUCAAGGCAUGGACCGACUGUCCCGCCGCCUGCGCCAGAGCCCCUCGGGCACGCGGCUGCGCAGGGAGGUUUACUCAUUUGGAGAGAUGCCAUGGGACUUGGCACUGAUGCAGACAUGCUACCGUGAGGCCGAACGGAGCCAUGGGCGCUUGGGGCAGCUGGCAGCACCGUUUGGCUUUCUGGGGAUGCAGAGCCUCGUGUUUGGGGCCCAAGAUCUUGCACAGCAGCUCAUAGCUGACGCUGUGGCCACCUUCCUGCAGCUGGCUGACCAGUGUCUGACCAUGGCCCUCAACUGUGACCAGGCUGCCCAGAGGCUGGAGAGAGUCAGGGGGCGCGUGCUGAAGAAAUUCGAAUCGGACAGCGGGCUGGCGCAGAGGAGGUUCAUCCGAGGCUGGGGUCUCUGCAUCUUUUUACCUUUUGUGCUGAGCCAACUCGAGCCAAGCUGCAAAAAGGAGCUGCCUGAGUUCGAGGGGGAUGUCCUUGCCAUGGGCAGCCAGGCUCUGACCACUGAGGGCAUCUAUGAGGACGUCAUCCGGGGGUGCUUGCUGCAGAGGAUUGACCGAGAACUGAAAAAGACCUUUGGUGCCAAUGAUGUAUCCUGCACUCUGGACGGCUGCUUGGAGGUCCCAUGGGAACAGGAGGGAGCAGAUGAGGAAACUGAGGUUGAGCGGGAAGGAGGGACUUGUCCCAGGCAGCCAGGCUCUGGUGCCCAGAUCCAGCCACUCUGCCCACCACCUUCUCAAGGAACAUUCCAGAGCUGAAUCUUCACCCACACCUAUCUUGUUUCUAUUGGAUAAAUGUCUACAAGUGGAAUUUCUGGGCCAAAACAGAUGAGCCAUCUUUAGGCUUUUGUAACCCCUGCACCUCCAGAACACUGUGCCAUUUUAUACU